GGUUUACGCAUCCCUCCUCCUGCCCAAGCCACUGACCUACCCACCAUACGGAUCAGAAAGAAUCAAAAUAAGAGAAAGGAAGCAGAAAAAGCGUGCUUUUUUAAACACAGCCACCUUCUCUCCUUUCAUUAUUCUUUUUGGCCGCUUCCCCCUUUCUAAGCCCGAGAGUAGUCUCCUCUCUCUCUGGUCUGUGCUCGGAUCUCCGUUUCGACCUGUGGUGCUUUAAUGGAGGCUCGGUGGAUUUGUGCCCGAAGGACAAGGAGAGGGGACGUGGUCGGCUGCUGAGGUGGUGGUGGUGGACCCCUAGAGAUCUCUGCGGCCGUUCCUCCCCCGUGGUCGCCGGAUUUGCGAGGGGAGGCAAUCAAUCGGACCGCAGGGAUGCAGGCCAAUGGAGUGGAGGCCUCGUCCAUCGAUCACAAGCCUCCGCCGUCGGCCGAGGCAAGGGGAAAGCACAGGAUCUUAGCCGAGCUGAAGCGACUGGACCAGGAAGCGCGAUUCCUAGAGGAAGAGUUAGAAGAGCUUGGGAGAACAGACACAGUAUCAGCUGCAUUGCAAGAAUUGCUGCUCAGAGUGGAAAGUAGGCCAGAUCCUCUUCUCCCAGUAACAAAUGGCCCUGCAAACCCAUCUUGGGACCGGUGGUUCGAAGGACCUCAAGAUCUGCAUGGCUGCAAAUGCUGGAUACUGUGAUUCUAAUUGAACGAGAGAUCAAAAGAUACCUAUUGCUCGACCUUUUUUAGUAGAUAUUAUUUCAGACUAUUUGUCUGCAUGGUUUUGAGCUGAAAAUUUACUGAAAGAGAAUUUGUUUUUCACGCAACAGUGCAAAUUCUUCUGAAGCUAAUCACGUACAUAUUUUAUACACCAUAAUUUGAUUUGUAGAGUUGAAAUGAGAAAGGAAGAAAAAAUGCUGACA